AUGAGCCAACGACAGAUCAUUCAAGUUUUCGAGCAGUAUCAGAAAUCAAGGAUGCAAUUUGUGCAAACCGUUGCUGAUCUGGCAGCCAGACCACAAAACAUAGAAAUCCUCCAAAAUGCUGGUGUGAUGUCCAUGCUGCGUCCCCUGAUGUUAGAUGUGGUCCCCAGCAUCCAGCAGACAGCAGCUUUGGCUCUGGGCCGCCUGGCGGAUCACAGUGAUGACCUGGCUGAGGCUGUGGUGAAGGAAGACAUCCUGCCCCAGCUGGUCCACUCCCUGGCCUCACAGAACAGGUUCUAUAAGAAAGCAGCAGCGUUUGUGCUGCGUGCAGUAGCCAAACACUCACCCGAGCUUUCCCAAGCUGUGGUGGCCUGUGGGGGGGUGGAUGCCCUGGUUCUCUGCCUGGAGGAGUUUGACCCCGGGGUGAAGGAGGCCGCAGCCUGGGCUCUGGGCUACAUUGCACGACACAAUGCAUCGUUGUCGCAGUCGGUUGUGGAUGCAGGUGCCGUCCCCCUGCUGGUGUUGUGUCUUCGAGAGCCUGAGAUGGCCCUCAAACGCAUUGCGGCCUCCACCCUCAGCGACAUCUCCAAACACACACCAGAGCUGGCCCAAACUGUGGUGGACACUGGUGCUGUGGCACAUCUGGCACAGAUGAUCCUCAACCCAGAUGCAAAACUAAAGAGGCAGGUGUUCUCAGCCCUCAGCCAGAUCAGUAAGCACUCAGUCAGCCUGGCAGAGAUGGUGAUAGAGGCUGAGAUCUUCCCUGCGGCAGUGGUCUGCCUCAGAGAUCCGGACGAGUACGUCAGGAAGAACGUCACCACUCUGAUGAGGGAGGUGGUGAAACACACACCAGAGCUGUCCCAGGAGAUUGUGAACUGUGGUGGCAUGGCAGCAGUAAUCGAUUAUCUGGGCGAUUGCCACGGAAACCUGUGGCUGCCAGGGAUCAUGAUGCUGGGAUACGUGGCAACUCACAGUGAGAACCUUGCCAUGGCUGUCAUUCUCUCCAAGGGGGUGCCCCAGCUGGCCUUGUGUCUGUCUGAGGAAGCAGAACAUCACAUCAAGGCGGCCACAGCCUGGUCCAUCGGCAAGAUAGGGCAUCACACGCCUGAGCACGCCAAGGCUGUGGCCAUGGCUAAUCUGCUGCCCAAACUUCUGCAGCUCUACAUGGAUGCCAGCAGCUCUGAGGACCUGCAGGUCAAAAGUAAGAAGGCUCUGAAGAGCAUUUUGGAGAAGUGUACCUACCUGCCAGCUCUGGAGCCCCUCCUCUACGAUGCUCCAAGCAACAUCCUCAAACACGUCGUGUGCCAGUUCAGCAAGGUGCUGCCACAUGACAGUAAGGCCCGGCGUCUGUUUGUGACCAGCGGGGGUCUGAAGAAAGUGCAAGAGAUCGAGGCUGAGCCUGGCUCUGCUCUGCAAGAGUACAUCAACGCUAUCAACAGCUGUUUCCCUGAAGAGAUAGUCAGAUACUAUUCCCCUGGCUACUCAGAAGUCUUGUUGGAGAGGUUGGAGAACUACCAGCCAGCCUGAUAUCACAC